GUCCUGGCAGAUCUCGGACAUCCAGGUGACGGGGCAGUCGGAGGACAUGACGGCCAAGGAGAAGCUGCUGCUGUGGUCGCAGCGGAUGGUGGAGGAUUACCAGGGCCUGCGCUGCGACAACUUCACCACCAGCUGGCGGGACGGGCGCCUGUUCAACGCCAUCAUCCACCGCCACAAGCCCAUGCUGAUCGACAUGAGCCGGGUUUACCGCCAGAGCAACCUGGAGAACCUGGACCAGGCUUUCACCGUGGCCGAGCGGGAUUUGGGGGUCACCCGGCUGCUGGACCCCGAAGACGUGGAUGUGGCGCAGCCAGACGAGAAGUCCAUCAUCACCUACGUGUCGUCGCUGUACGACGCCAUGCCCCGCGUGCCCGAGGUGCAGGACGGCGUCAAGGCCAACGUGAGUCGGGAUGGGGGCUGGGGGCUGGGGGGGUCUCUGGACCCCCGGUGCUCCAAGGCACUGAACUCCAGAGCGCUCAGGGUCCUACUUGUUGGGUUGUUUCAAAUGAGCAGAGCAGCCGAUCGUUAAAAAGGUUAUUUACUA